CCACGAAUAAAGGAGCUUGAUUCUUUUUCAAGUAGCACCAAGUGGCCAUGGUCCAGCAACAAAAGCUGGGGCGAUUCAAAAGGCUUUUGGGUCAAACCCGGAAGCCGAAUACCCAGUGGAAGCCCAACUAUGGUGUGCUGACCCAGCCAAAGCUGCAGCCGCUCAUCGUGGAUGGCUACCCUCAGUUUGAGAAGCCCUACGACCCUGCACUCCGCGAAACACCUCCCACACAAAGGAAGUACAGAUCGCCACUGCCACCGAACAUGAUCCAGGCUAGUCGGUUGUCUGAAGACUACAACGAAGACAACUUCCAUGAGCUACAAUCCAAGUUUCAGUUUGAGGUGAAGGGUUUCUUCCCUGAGAAGGCCUAUCAGGCUGAAAAGGAGGUCUUCGACACAGCCUUGAAUUUGCAUUUGGUUGGCUGGUUGAAGAUCCGAACCACCUUCAUGCUCGGGCACCUUCAGGGUGAUACCUAUGCCAUGUCGUAUUUCAAGAAAUACUUAGAGGAAAAGCACCUCUCACCCGAAGCCGGUACCAUCGAGUGGGUGCAUGUCUUUGAUUACAACACUGGUUUGUCAACUCCGUUGCACUACAAGCACCUCUUCUGCGUGAAGGACUGGCGGAAAUACAGAACCAGAAAGGCGCAUAUCAUGUCAAUGUUCGAGAAGUGGCAGGCGUUUGGCUUGGAGUACCAGUGGUGCCAAAACUCCAUGAAAGUUCCCUUGAAGCUCGACGGGUUUUGAAGGUUGAUUGUCCGGAGUCCUCUCAGCGGAAUGCUUUGGUGAAUUAGUGUGAUUCAAUAGAAUUUCCCAUGUUCUCAGCCAUGCUUCGCAGAUACGGCGCUUGCAGCAAAGCUCACUGAAGCGCUACGAGGAAGAGUUGAAGGUUGUUGAGGAACAAAAAGUACGCAACUUUUGACAAUAAAAAAAUAUACGAUCAACCGCCCAAAUAUGUUUUAAAUCAGGGGGACGAACUUUGGAUUUAUAAACAACCAAGGAUUUAAGGCUUCCAAAGAUUCGAGCAAAUAGUGAUUCCAAUCGAUUGUCAAUAUUGCAUAUAAUUACGAUAUCCAGCCGAUAGGCAUGGCUGGGUCCUCGAUGGGCGGGCGAACGAAGUGAGCAAUAGAUGGUGUGGGGGUGGGGCUCAAAAAAAUUUGGCCUGGAUGGGUAGAUGAACCUCGAAUUUGGUUGAGGAAAACGAAAAAAACGAAUAUUAUUUGAAAAAUAAUUAAAUAUAAUUAGGAUCGCAAAAUACCCAUUUAAUUUUGAUAAUCGAUUCCGAAUUAAUUAUAAUAAAUUCAUUGCUUUUAUUAUAUUUUAAUAUACAUAAUAUUUA